AAGGCACUUGUGAUGAUGCACGUUUCUUCAUGCUUAAAUACCUACUGCUUGGUUAGCUUAUGUUGUUCCCAGUGUUUGGAGCUUGAAGAAAUUCGCAAAUGUGGAAUGAAAAACUUCCGUAAUAUCCAGGUUGAUGAAGCUAAUUUAUUGACCUGGCAAGGGCUUAUUGUUCCUGACAAUCCUCCAUAUGAUAAAGGAGCCUUCAGAAUUGAAAUCAACUUCCCAGCAGAAUAUCCAUUCAAACCUCCUAAGAUUACAUUUAAAACAAAGAUCUAUCACCCUAACAUCGAUGAAAAGGGGCAGGUUUGUCUGCCAGUAAUUAGUGCUGAAAACUGGAAGCCAGCAACCAAAACUGACCAAGUAAUCCAGUCCCUCAUAGCACUGGUGAAUGAUCCACAGCCCGAGCACCCCCUCCGGGCUGACCUAGCUGAAGAAUACUCUAAGGACCGUAAAAAAUUCUGUAAGAACGCUGAAGAGUUUACAAAGAAAUAUGGUGAAAAGCGACCAGUGGACUAAAAUCUGACACAAGUGCUGUCAGCAACCUAUGAUAGAAGAUCGGAGCAGUGCAUUUGAGACACCCCGUAAAGCAGGACUCUAUGGAAAAUUGACAAGUGCCACCUUUUGGUGUGAACUUGUGGCUGUUACUAACUUUCUACAGUUUUCUUAAUCAAAAGUGGGCUAGGUAACCUGUAAAGAAAGGAUUAAAAUUUAAGAUGUUCUAGUUCUGCUUUCUUUGUUUAAAAAUCACUGCUUCAAUAUACUUUAAAGUAUGCUGUUUUCUUUUUCUUGUCAGAAUUUAUCAAAAAUAUCUUAGACUUAUAUUCUGCCCUUAAAUUGAAAAGGUUGUGGCUGUCAUUUCUUAUUUUUCCUUGCAGUUCCCACUAUCUUGAGUUCAUUCAUUGAAUUUUAACCCCCUCCUCAAAGUGAUGUCUUAGGAAAAAUAUCCCAGUUCCGGCAGAAAAUGAUUGAGUGUUUGGCAGUUUCAUUUACUUUUCUUUCUAAAUGUUGCACUGUGCUUUGUGGGACUUGUUGCAAGUUCCCCUGAACUUCAGUUUGUAACAUAAUAAACAAAAUCCAACCCGCAAAACCAAUCAGAAAUAAUGUCUGGGUCUGAUGUAAAUCUGGCCAAUGUCUAUUAAACAGGGAAAUCCAAGUUUUUGUGUGCAUCAUUGAAUUAGAAUACGGCUUAAGUUCUGCUCUUGGAAAACUUUGGAAAAAAAGUCUGUAGCAAACAAGUAGUAGAACGUGAUUGCAAACUUCCUUCACUUCUAUCUUUAAUACCUAUGCAGAGUAGUGGGAAACAUGCACAGAACAACAUUGCAACCAAUUCAGGAGAGUUCCAGAAAUCGGGGACCAAGAGGUACCAAAGUUACAAACUGUCUUUUGAAUUUAAAAUAAUUAUUUUGGAAAGGUUAAUUUUGAAUUCAAGAACUCAAUCUGACAGCACUGCUGACCUGUCCUCUCUGAACGUUUUCCCUCAGAAUGCGUCAGGAGCGUCUGUGUUUGUGGGAGGGCCCUUGGGCUGUUCCCAGCCCCAGCACGGCUGCCAGGCCAGCCUGAGCACUAAGGUGGGGCAGAGUGUGCUUGGCUGCUGCUGCUGCUGUGUUCAGCACACGGGGCAGGGCUGCAGUGAGUGCUCAGUGUGGUCAGUCCAUCAGCUGUGCAGGGCUGCAGUGAGUGCUCAGUGUGCUCAGUCCAUCAGCUGUGCAGGGCUGCAGUGAGUGCUCAGUGUGGUCAGUCCAUCAGCUGUGCAGGGCUGCAGUGAGUGCUCAGUGUGCUCAGUCCAUCAGCUGUGCAGGGCUGCAGUGAGUGCUCAGUGUGGUCAGUCCAUCAGCUGUGCAGGGCUGCAGUGAGUGCUCAGUGUGGUCAGUCCAUCAGCUGUGCAGGGCUGCAGUGAGUGCUCAGUGUGGUCAGUCCAUCAGCUGUGCAGGGCUGCAGUGAGUGCUCAGUGUGGUCAGUCCAUCAGCUUUGCCAGGCAGAGCCGUCCUGUGGCUGCCCUGGGGCGCUCCUCGCAUGCUGAGGGAAAGGAGAGGGAGCCUUUCCCUUCAGAGCUGAGCAUCCUUUGCCUGUCUCUGCUGCUUCUGCUGCCUUUCCUCCCCAGCCCAGAGCGUGAUCCUAGCUCCACAGUCAAACUGCCACACAGUCAACCUGCUGUCUCCCCUUCUGCAGCUGGGCUCUGCUACUGAGUGAAUGGAUUAUUUCCAGAGAUCCAUCAGUAUCUGGGAGCACAUAUCAUUUCGAUGUGCAGGAAGCUGAGUUGAAGUAACCCUGACACCUAGGUGGUUGCCUAUACUCCUAAGUUCAGUUUUAAUACAGCCUCUGCCUUUGCAACCUUUCAGAACUAGUGUGUCAAGCAGUAGAUCUCUCUUGGUUUUAAUGUCUUGUGUAUUUGCUAUUUCCUUAUUCGUCCCUCUCCUCUGGCUUUCAUUUCCAAUUUAGUGUAAACAAUGACAGCCCAGUACCUCACCUCUGUUGAAAGUAAAUUUUUUUAUGAGUUAGGGAGCUAAGAAAUUUUAUGUUUAAGUGUUCUUAGACAGAUUCUUUGGCAGGUAAAUAAAGUUAAACCACAUUCACCUUAUUUACGGAAACUUGCAUUUCCUAAGUGUUUUCAGGCUUGUGAGAGCACUAUUACCAAAUUUUCACAUCUUUGUGUCUUCAUUUGCAGAAAGUUGGUACUGAUUUUGUUUCGUUCACGCUCACUCAGAUUCAUAAUAAAAUAAUGCCAAAUUAUCUGUCAAACUGAAGUGUGUAACUUCUGCAUCACCCGAGUCACUGUACCUUUGAUCAUGUCUGUUGGCAUGGAAACUUACCAUCCUCUAAAUUUUAUUUGAAACAAAAUUGUAGCACUAGUUUGCCGCCCUCGUUGCUACUCAAUAGUUACUCUGUGGUUGUAAAGCCUCUCAGGUCAAAGACUGCGCCGUCUGCCUGGCUGUGCCCGGAUGCCGCAGAAGGGACGGAAGGGCUGCGGUGCCCGCGGGAGCUGCGGCUGAGCCGCGCCAGCCGCUCCCCUCCGGCUGCAGAGCUCACACGAAGACAGAUCUCGCUAUCAGUUCUCUUGGUGUGCUCUUCAUAGUCCAAUUGCUAAACUGUGAGACGUGUAAACAAAGUGCUGGCGCGUGUCUGGGGCAGCCUCUGAACAAAGGGAUCUGGCACCUGUGUGGCUGAAGGCUGAGGAGGAGAAAUCCAAGUGCGAAGUCCUAGGAUAACUCAGGAAAUCAAGCUCUUGUUCUCUCUGGUUCCCUAAGCCAUGCUGAAUUUUAAACGUGCGGUUGAACAUCCACAAUGAAAGCAGCGCACUGGUGAAACUACACCCAGGAGUACUGGUAUAGGCUUUCUGCAAGUCCAUUCUGCUACCCUAAUAAAAAUUGCUCUCAAA